UAAACUAGUGAAAUCAAACCCUGGUAAAUACAAACGCUGUCAGCUGAAGAUUGAGUUCUCGCACAAGUCUAUUGCUAGGGUUCUAGGACAAAGGCAGCAAGUUUUCAGAAAUCCUCAUCUGUGGAAGAUCAAAAUGUGGACAAACCUACAUGGAUGACGAAGUUGUUGUUGAAGUCUUGACAGAACCAGGACAAGCUCGCAGAUUGCAGGGAAAAGAAAUACCUGGUCAGGAAUCCGAAUCAGUUGUAGAAAAGAUGGCUCAUGGGUGUGUUGUGGGAAUGUAUCCAUCGCGAAGAGUACGGUUCAGAGAUGUGGAACAUCCAGUUCUGAUUUGUACUCAAGAUGAAAUCGAAGGUCAUCUCAUGAAACCUUUGUGUAAAACUGUUCCCAAAAUUCAUGUCAUGAACGACAAAGUAAAAGAAAAAUAUCCGGCACUGACCAAACAUCGACUGGAGAUUAAGAAAAUCGUAAACGGCAAGGUAGAGUUCAAGCGGUUUCUGGAUGUUGAUCCUGAUAAACGAGAGCAGUAUGUAUUUAAAGUGGUCAUCUUGUCAUGGAGAGUGCAAAGCAUCUACCCACUUGGUGCGAUUCUAGAAGCUCACAUUGGAGGCAAGGACUUUGGAAGCGGGCUUCAGGUGCUUACUCUACAGCACAAUGCACCUGGUGUCUAUCCAAGAAAAGUGAUUCAUGAAACACAGGCACUGAAACUUGAAGACUUUCCACAAAGGACUGGAAGACUAGACCUCACAUCAAAAAGAAUUGUCACCAUUGACCCACCAGGGUCACAGGAUUUGGAUGAUGCGCUCAAUAUUUCAAAAGAACAAAGUGGAUUUGUUGUGGGAAUUCAUAUUGCAGAUGUGGCAUCGUUUGUGAAAGUGGGAACAGCAAUUGAUGAAGAAGCAAAACGAAGGGCCUUUACCUUCUAUCCAGGUGAACGAAAACCACGACCGAUGUUUCCAGAGCCACUCAGUCACGGAGUACUCAGUCUCCUUCCUGGACAAGAACGUCUCGCCUUGUCUGUUUUCUUUCGCUUUGACAAGAAAGGAAAUUUAAAGACAAACGAGGAGCCACGAGUUAAGAAAACAAUAAUAAAGUCAACACGACAGUUCUCGUACGAGGAGAUACAAAAGGUAAUUGAUGGAGAUCAACAUAUUAAUGUCGACCAAGACACUCGCAUGGACGUUCUUGAUCUUCACAUGAUUGCGUCUCAACUGAGAGAGGCCCGAAUAGGGAAAGGAGGUUUGUUCGUUCCUUUUGAAGAUCCUCGUUUACAUGAUAUAGACAGUGUUGCUGACAGUCUCCAGGCUCACUCCCUUGUUGAGGAGUUCAUGGUUUUAGCCAACAAAUCAAUCGCUAAGAGACUAAGACAAAAGUUUCCACAUGUGAUGAUCUUGCGAUCACAUAAGCCACCAACUUAUGAACAGCUAGCAGAAUGGAGAGAGAAGGAAGGAAACAUAGCAAAUCUCGUCAUGCAACUGCAAGGCAAGAAAACAAGUCCUUCAACCAAGUUGUCUGUAUCAGCUGGUGUCCAGGGACAUGACAUGUUUCCCCAGAACAGACACGUCAUCGUCCAGGAACACCUGUAUCACAGGAUAUGUGAAUGUCUGGAGGAGGAAAACUUGGAUGAGGCUCGCAGACUUCUUUUUAUGGACGCUCUGCAUCCCUUACAGUGCCUUGCAUACCAGCACUGGAUGGAAAUGAUGGAAACAGCGGAGUACAAAUGUUCUCACGGUCUAAACCAGCCUGACCACUACCACUUUGGCCUUGACAUUGAGUACUACACACAUUUCACGUCUCCUAUCAGGAGGUAUGUUGACCUGCAUGUCCAUCGUCUCCUACACGCUGACUUGGAUGGCAAGGCACCAGACUGUAAGGCUGAAGAUGUUGUGCGGCUAUGUCAGCACCUUAAUAAUGUGGAUGCCAGACAAAAGGCUUUUGGUAGAGGAUGUAGGGCUCUUGCUAUUGCUGAAAAGCUGCAAACCAAUCCGCUUGUAUUCCGAGCAUUUGUGGACAAUGUGGACAGUGAACAGCUCAUUUUCUGUUUGCCUUCCCUACUUUCAGUGUCUGACCGAAAACAAGAGGUGUCUUUUAGCAUGCUUGGAGUCAGCAGCCAGCCCAAAGUCAUCACUGACACUGUUCAGAAGAAAGACAUGGCUACUGUGUGCUGGGAGACAAGACUUUACAACCAGCACGGCACAAGUUCUAGAGAACUGGUUGUCAAGAGAAAAUAUGUGGAACGCGAGGCCUAUCAAAAUCAUGUACCUUCUUCAGUUCCUAUUGACAUCCCCAUUAAUCCUAACCAAUUGACUGUCAAUGUCAGCCAAAAGGAGUGGGCAGGUAUGUUGAGGCUGUUGAUGGAUUCUAACUGCACUGAGCUGCCAGAUAUACCAGCCGUCAUUGAGCGAGUUCGAUCGGAAGUUGACCACAUCUCAUCUGAGAACGGAGAUGGCCAGUAUCAGUGCGCCGAGUUCGCUUCAGCAUUGUCAGUGUUGUCUCGUUCUGCGAGAGCAUCCAUAAGAAGUCAGAAAAUAGAGUCUUACAAAGAAUACAGGCGUGCUUGGAUGCCCUUGCUGGAAAUGGAGGCGGCUUAUGGAGCAGGAACUGGUGACAGUGCAUUUGGCAUAGACAAUGUGAAGAUUGAAAUGAAGUACACACUUUCAACAAAAUCAUCAAAGCAACAGGGAUUCUACCAAGGCACUUUCAGCUUGCCUGCAAAGUUUUGUUUUGACCGAGGAAUUGAAUUUGGUGGUAAAUCUGCUGGCAGCACUGGCAAAGAAGUUGAAUACAAGAACAGCAGUACGUGUCCUAUGGACUACCUGUGCAUCAGGUGUCGUGUUAAGUGUGAGGAGCCAAUCAUAUCACGGGUGCAACAGUCCUGCCUAAAAUGUGUUGUGGAUGAUCACUACACAUGGAUUAGCCAUGGUGGUGUGGUUGCUGUAACUCAUAAAAACCGUAAAGAUUCAAAUGGGGGGCAUCUGCAAGUUUCAUUUGUUUUGAGUCCUCACAGCAGUGUUCCUCCUUCACAGCUGAUGUCUAGCACAGGUCACCCAGUAAUGCUUGAAGUCCUACCCAAGUCCCAGGUUGACAGUGUUUCUCUCAUUCAGGGACCCCCAGGUACAGGCAAGACUUACACCGGAAUCAAGUUGAUAUAUCUGUUCACAAAAAUCAACAGAAAGCUUUUGUCGGAGGGUAAAGGGAAAAAAGUCAUUCUGUUUUGUGGGCCAUCCAACAAGUCUGUAGAUCUUGUUGCAAGACUCUUGAAGCUGAAGUUUGGAAAUGAAUGUCCGAAAAAUGAACUCGCGUGGGAUGAGGAUCUCACCAGUGAUCCCGAACUAAAGGAUGUGAGUUUGCAUCACAUUAUCCGUGAGUCUGACAAGCCCUAUGCAGAAAAGAUAGCAGCGUUUGAAAGGUAUUUUGACAAAUGUCGCAAAGAUCCUGAAAACUUCAAAGUGACAAGCAAGCAGAUGAGGACUACAAACGGCUUUUGCAUGAUGCCAGCACCAAGGAACUCGCACAUUAUGAAGUCAUCUUCGCUACAUGUGCUGUUGGCGGCAGUCCAAAACUCAUUAAAGCUACAAAAGGCUCUAUAUUUCAAUGCAUUAGAUACAAGUCUACUGGCUUGGAAGUUUUUAAAAGCUCGAGUGAUCAUCGACGAGUGCGCCAUGUCACCAGAGCCACACAGUCUGGUGCCCAUUGUGGCCAACAAGGCCAAGCAGGUGGUCCUCAUCGGAGACCACAAGCAGCUCCGUCCAAUCAUAACAUGUCAGGCAGCAGCAGAGCUGGGACUGGACCAGUCACUCUUUGAACGUUUAUAUUUAAAGUCUUCAGUGAAGUGCAUCUUUCUCAGCACACAGUACAGAAUGCAUCCUGAAAUCUGCGCAUUUCCAUCUAAUGAAUUCUACGAAGGCAAACUCCAGAGUUCUCCUAUCACCACAAGGUCCAAGUUCAUUCUCCCAAUCUGGCCUCUUCACCCACAAACUUCAGAACCUGUCCCACAUAUUCUCGUAGAUGUGCGGGGAGAGGAAGAAACACUAACAGUCUCAACUGAUGAAGGCAACGAAAGGUCAAAGUCAAACUUUGCGGAAGCAGAUAAAGUGAUUGAAAUCUUGACUUACCUGAAGUACGCCUGUGAAGAGAAGAAGAAGGAAAUUGAGAUGAACUCCAGGAACUCUGAAAGUACAAGUUACUCCAUUAAAGUUCUGACUCAAUAUAAUGCACAAAGGCACCUGUUGGAAGAAAAACUGUCAAAAGCUUGUGAAGGACAUAGACAUGACACCUUCACCCCUGUUCUCACGCGAUAUGACAAGAACAAUAUCACCAUAAGCACUGUCGUCUCCAGUCAGGGUGGUGAGUGGGACUACGUGGUUCUUAGUACAGUCCGCUCAUUGCCUUCAUACAAGAUUGAACCACACCCCACACUGGGAUGGUGUCGCCAGAACAUGGGCUUCAUCACUGACCAAAACCAGGUUAAUGUGGCUCUCACAAGAGCUCGUCGUGGUCUCAUAAUUGUGGGCAAUGCAGAAUUGCUGAAAUGUGAUCCUGUAUGGAGCAGACUUGUCACAAGAUAUGAAAAGCUGGGAUGCGUGUUUGAGUCUGCCAACUUCCCGCCACCAGUGUUACCCCGUAAACCUAAAGCAAAGCCACACCGCAAACCAGCAGCUUCUUUGGACUGGCAACAAGCCUGAUAUUGCCCGGUGAAGGUCUACAGACACUGCGCAUUGAAGAUGCGUUUACCUGGUGACUUAUCAUGAAGGUCCUCAACACUUCAUUUUACGUCAUCUCUUUUAUUAUUAUGCAAUUUUAUUUUUUUUUUGCAUAACUGGGCCAAGUUUUAGUAAAUAUUGGUAUCAGUUAGAAUUCUUAGUCGUGUAAAAUGAUUGCAGACAUAUCAUUUUUAUGACAGCUAAUUUGCUAUAAAAUUUAUUCAGUCAAUCUUCCUUUGACUGGUACUGGUUGUUGUGAGAAGAACACAACAUGAUUCUUGGACAAUAGUGCGAAAGUCUUGCACAGGACCACCAGUCCACUCGUUUAUGAUAAUCAGCCAGUUCUUUUUCUGGCUAUCAUUGUGCCGACCACCCUUUAAAGUACCUUGCAGGACAGUCUUCGACUAAGUGUCAUGUGUCAUACCGAGUUCCACGGCCAAACCAGACCGACUUAUAUUACUUAACUGUUGUAUGUAUGGGUUCCUGGUGUCCUGUGAGUAUGGUGACCAUGUUUUGUACAAAGUCAUUGGUUUUAUGUUUCCUAUAUGAAAUCCAGUGCAGACUCCUCAGGCAUUUGCUUUUGAAUGCCUGGGUUUGUAUCAGCAAGCAAACUCACAUCACAUGUUUCACAUCUGUAAAGCAGCAUCAGUACUACAAGGGACAUGAACAGAUUUACUUCAUAGUAAUUCUGAUGUUAUGGCUGCACCAAACACUGUCCAGCAUACCAUUGCUGCUAUUGCUCUCGUGAUCCUGAUGCAGAUUUGUGGAGUUACCAUCUUUGGAGAGGGUGGCUCCCAUUUCAUUACUCCCAAACUAACUCAUUCAAUACAGAUGAAAAGCAGCAUGAUUGAACAUGUAGAACAGUGGUGAUGAAGCGAAUUACAGUGAGUUCCAAUAUUUACACCUAGUAACUACAAUAAAGACAACCAUCAUUGAUUGAUACACCAUUUUAAAGAUUAUUUUUUUUAAACAUUUAAGCAAUUGGAUUUGCAAGAAACAGAUUUUGUUUUUUUGGACUAGAUUCAGAUGAAAGAUGGUAAUGGUAUAGAACAGACAGCGCUCCAGUCAUGAAGUAGGUUAUAUGGCAGAAAUUUUUAAAAAAAUAUUUAUGCAAUAUCUACAAACAUGAAGUGCCAAACAAUGAAAUAUUUUAUUAGAAUAUAUAUUAGACUUUAAAUAUUACUUUUUACUGUAUUGCCAUUUUCAGCUGUUGAAAAACAAUCAUGUCAAAUUGAGCAACUGGCAACCACUUCAAAUAUGGCUUUUGACAAACUAACUCUUGCCUACUUUUAAAUGUAACAAAAUACCUGAUUGGUUGAAUUUUAGCUCCUUGGAAGUAAUAGCAAAACAAUCCGUGAAAAAACCAACAGUUUCUUCCCUUAUAUAUUUAUACCCACAGUGUGGUGUAUAUGUGACACUAGUAAGCUCAUAUUACAGUGUAACUGUACAGAAUACACUGUAACUAUGAAGAUGUUCUGCUGCAUAAGUGAAUCAUUUAGAGUUAAGCUGUUUACUUCUUUGACCGGUAGUUUGUUCAUGUAGAUAUCUGCUUUGUUAUUUAAAAGGUAAAUGACUUCAGUAAAUACAUCUAUAUGUCUAUUUUUAUGUACAUCAAUUACAAAUAUAUGUAUAUUGUAUGUAUAUAUGUAUAUGUUUUUAUGUAUGAGACAUAGUAAACAUAUGACUUAUGAUUGUUUUUCUUUAAAAACUAUGAGAUAUAUUGGGAUAUAUCAGGAUACUUCUGCCAAUAAAAUCAUAUGUUUUUAUUGAUAUUUUUUAUUUCCCACUUGUGUUUUGAACCUAAUAAUCUAGUGUUUUAAUAUGCAUUUAUCUACAAGGUGUUUCUAGUGCGUUUUACUUAAUGUGUUACAUACACUUUAUACUUUGCUCUGUGUAUGUAUGCAUUGCCACCAGGCCUUAAACAGAAAAAAGUUGUUUAUUCUGCUGUCCAUAGUUUUUGAAGUUUUAUGUGUUGAAUUAUGUGUUUUGUAUUUUUAAAAAUUGUGCUUUCCAGACCUAACUCUGCCCUAAACAUAUGCUAAUUUGAAUUAAGCUUGAAUGGAAGAGUACAUUUUUUGAUUAAUGACAUGACCAUUGAUGUCUUUUCAUUUAUUUUAAAGAUGUGUGCCAUAGUAAUGUUGUUAUAAAUUUGGACAUUGGAGCUUUUGGUUUACUUCAGUUUUAUUUUAUUGUUGUUUUGGGGGUUUUUAUAAGUUGUUAGUCGUAGUGACCGUUUGUUUUAUUACAGCAAUAAGUUUUAUUGUAUUUCUAUAAACCUUAGUUGUGAUUAUUGAGCAUAUAUAAACAGAUAUAUCCAACAUGAUUGCAAGAAUGUCCAGUUUUUUAAACAUAUCCUUUUAAAGUUGAAGAGCAAACAUUCUAUCACUAGUUUCUAAAUUAUUUCUUCUUCAAUGUAAAUGCUUUGUUUUGUGCUUCUGAUGCCGCCUUUGUAGUAGACAGUUAUUAAUUUCACAACAAUAACUUUUCAUGAUUGACUAAUAGUAUGCCUUUUUUUUUUCCUUGGUUGUCUAUAGCAGCCGCAACAUCCAUGCUUGAUAAUAUUCAUUCUCUAAGUAGCAUAGCUUGGAUUGUUACAGGUCUUCUAAUUUAGGACGGGCCAAAAUGGCUCAUGAAAAGACUCUCUAAUGUUGUAUUUAAAGUAUUUUUGGAUUUUGGUGCAGUAAGCAUACUCCACAAAGGAAAGAUAACACAAAACAAAUUACAUCAUACAAAGUUUCCUUGAAAUGACUUUAUUAUUACUGAAACUUUACGUUGCUCUUCUUGUACAGUAAAUUAAUUGUGGCCUUUUAUUUGGAGCUUAUUUAAGAUGUUUUAAGUAUUGACUUGUUGAUAUUAUGUUUAUAGCUUUACUUUUCCUGAGAGAUUUCCACUGUUCGAUUUUUAUUGUGAGGUAUCGCUUUACAUACCUGCAUUGCAUGACAUUUUUACGCACGUAA